AGUCAGUUUAGUGUUCUGUAAUUUUGGAUGGAGUUAAUAUCAAAAUUAACAAAUUUCAUUUGUCAACAAGUGUAUUGAAUUCAUUUUCAUCACAGAUACUAAUUUAUUUCGAACGAAAACGAUGGCUCAGAUGGGUGAACCUUUAACGUUAUCCAGAGACAUAAAACGUUCCAUUGAGCUUCUGGAGAAAUUACAAAAGAAUGGAGAAGUUCCUGCAACAAAAUUAGCGGCAUUGCAGAAAGUGCUGCAAUCUGAUUUUCUUAAUGCUGUUCGAGAAGUAUAUGAACAUGUAUACGAGACAGUAGAUAUUCAGGGUUCCCAAGAUGUGAGAGCUUCAGCAACUGCCAAGGCAACUGUUGCUGCAUUUGCUGCUAGCGAAGGUCAUGCUCAUCCAAGGGUAGUUGAAUUGCCUAAGACAGAGGAAGGGCUUGGCUUUAAUGUGAUGGGAGGGAAGGAACAGAACUCGCCAAUUUAUAUAUCUAGGAUUAUUCCUGGAGGUGUUGCAGAUAGACAUGGUGGACUUAAAAGAGGAGAUCAAUUAUUGAGUGUCAAUGGAGUUUCUGUUGAAGGAGAAAAUCAUGAAAAAGCUGUAGAAUUAUUGAAGCAGGCCCAUGGUUCAGUUAAACUGGUUGUCAGAUAUACACCAAAAGUUUUGGAAGAAAUGGAAUUGAGGUUUGACAAGCAACGAGCAAGAAGAAGGACCAAUUUCAAUUGAAGUUUAGAAAAAUUUCAAGUAAAAUCAAUCUCAUAGAGGCAGUACUUAAGCAAAAGUAUGGGUUAUGUGCUU